AUGAAACCCAACCUAUUCUGCUUUCUUUCAGUACUGGAGUAUGUUCCGUGUGGGACCCUGAGCGAUUUGCCCCAAGACUCCAAGUUUGAUGAUGAGACUGCUAAACGCCUUGGGGGUGAUCUUAUCAGUGGUGUGCACUAUCUGCAUCAGAUCAAUAUUAUUCAUCGGGAUCUUAAUCCGAACAAUUUGUUGCUCACGAAUUCCGGUGAUUUGAAGAUCACAGAUUUCAGUUUGAGCGUUCAAGGUGGCAACAAUGGGGAUGCUCUGCUCACCGGCACCGUCGGCACCUCGGCCUAUUUGGCCCCGGAAUGCGUGAGUGAAUCGAGUAGACCUUACUAUGGGAAGAUUUAUUUUAAUCGACCGAACAAGCAUCAAACAUAUCAGGCUAUUCGGGAAGAGAACAUAGAGUUGGAAGGGAAGUCACUGUCGCCAAAUGUGAUUGAGUUGUUGCAGCGCAUGUUGCAAAAAGACCCGACCAAACGUUGUCGUAUUUCAGAAAUUUCGGAAAAGUUGAUCACCAACUGA